AUGACCGAAGAAUUGGCAGAGGCGGCGUCGGCAGCAGCCCGAACUGUCGCUAUUGACGUAGAACUUCGUCAGCUACACGCCCGCAUCGCGGUUCUCACAGCAGAACGGAAUUCGAUCUCAAUUGUCCAACGCAUGCCAAACGAAAUUUUCGCGCGUAUAUUCUCGUUUGUGCCGGGUCUACCCUGCGACAAUGGGGUGAUGUUUGUUUGUCGGCGAUGGCACACGCUUUGCAUCGGCGCCUCGGAGUUGUGGACGCACAUAGAUCUCGAAAAAUGGCGGCCAAAGCUUCUACUGACCGCGUUGGAGCGGUCCCGGACGAGGAAACUAUGCAUCGAGCUCAAGGCGGUCACUGGCCAAAAUACGGAGCAGCAUUUGCGGACGAUGUUAGCGCAGUCUGCUCGGAUUCUCGACUUGAAGAUUUCUGGCCCGAAAACUACGAUAGAAACCUUCCUGAAGCUUAUCCAGCCAGCCGAGCUCUCCGUCUUGACGCGUUUUUUUGUCGAGCAAAAAGAAGUUAAUGGCCCACUGAAGAUGUUACACCGGGAUUACCACUCGCCCGAACCUGAAGAUUCAGAACCAGUUUUCUCACUUGAGAGAAUGGCAGCCCUUCGCCAUCUCUCCCUCUCCAAGGUCACAUUCCACCCUCAGUUGAAGCGCGUCUUCAGCCAGCCAGCGACUACAUUAUUAACAUGUCUUGAGAUCAAAUCAGCCUGGCUUUCCGUUGAAGCCGUACUGCCCCUCCUCACAUCUUCACCUGGUUUGCAGACUUUACGACUGGAUGGUGCAUUCGGCUUGGAUUUUAUCCAGCCUGGUAACGCGACGGUGUAUCCAAGUGUGGACUUGCCACUACUGGAGUCAUUCGAAAUCGGAGCCCGCACGUACACCGUGGCGAACCUGCUCGUGGCUCUGCAUUUCCCGGGCACUACACGACUCAGUAUUUGUUUGAAAGGCGGUGGGACUCCUGGUAUCGACCCUACCACCGAGAUCAUCAACUCCGUUAUACCACCUCUCGUCGCCCACGCCACGCUUCAAGCGGCAAGCAGCACGGCUCGCACACUCAUCCUCCAGACCUAUCGGCACCCCAACGCAACAUACUUCUUGGAUCAGCUCUCGCUGACAAUACUUGCUGAAGACGAAACCCAGCUGAUUUCGCUGGUGAUGGACGAGCCUGCGUGGAACCACUCCAGUAGAAUCAUUGAGAGCUUCUUUCGCUCGCUGGCCCCAGUACAACUGUCUACCAUCACCCACCUCCACGUCGCGGGGGCAAGCGUCAACGUGAAGACAUGGAAGGCGCUAUUCAGUGGCCCGGCAAACAUUAUUCCCGCACAGUCGCUCGAAACAGUUACCAUCCGCGCAGACGAACAGGGACGGCGGGUUGUGCAAGCACUCACCCAGCGGAAACGGUUCGAUGCUCUGGCCUCUCUGAUCGUCGACAUUCCUCUAAAGAGGAAAACCUCGUUGAGCAAUGUGAUGGAGGCGGUUGAGGAUUUUGCGCAUGCAUACCGGAAGAUAUUCAAUGCCAAAUUUGAGAGGGUAAAGGUCCGUUUGCAUAUCGCGGCCCCAGGUGCGGGAGGCGACUCAGACUCGGACUCGGAGUGGGACAACGGGGACUCUGAGAAUGGGAAAGAUGUCAAGGAUUGGCGCGGCGUAAAAGCAGUGGUAAAAGUUUUUGAUUGGGAAGAAGUGCGCGUGCAAGGGCCCAAUGCUCGGAAUUGGGAAGACAGUGAUGCAGAAGAUUUCGAUAUAUAA